AUGUACAAGACACCAGAUGGCAAGAAGCACUUUAGCAUGUUCAACCUUAUGAACAAUGCUUUCCCGAACUUUGCCUACGAUGCCAAGGACGAUGUUGAGCUUACGGCCAUGCAGCAAGACGAACUGUUCCUGUAUCAGCUGCAAGAGCCGAACCCAAAAGCACUAGGACCUUUAGCAUGCUAUCGUGCAGGUAUCUGUGAUAAUGCCCACACCUCGAAGCAGGUCCACUCAAGUCUUCUGCGCAACCAUUGUCUUGGCCGUGAGACUGGUCUCCUGGACACGAGAAAGAUCACCAAGCACUUCGCGAAUGAGGUACCCUACAUUAGCGUCCAUGCCCAACGAAAGCUCAUCACGUUGCUUUUUCUCUGGGAGGCAGAGGAUGACCGAUGGGAGCAGAUCAAACACCGGCAGUCUGAGUAUGCGGAGAAGGAAGCUGAUGCUAGGAAGGCUGGUGAUGUGGACAUGGCUGGGAAGUAUGCAACAACUAUCGCUGAGUUGGAGAAGGAGAAGACUGUUCGGCCAACAGUGGAAGAUCGUCCUGUCCCCACCAUCCAGAAACCCACCGAUGCAAUUCUCAAAGUCACCUCCACAGCACUCUGCGGCAGCGACCUGCACUUCUACCGCGGCCACCUCAAAUGUCCUCCCGACUUCAUCUGUGGACAUGAGUUUGUGGGCGAGAUCGUCGAGAAGGGCGACAGCGUGAAGAGCUUCAAUAUUGGAGACAAAGUCGUCGUGCCCUUCUUCACAGCAUGCGGAGAGUGCUACUAUUGCGUCCGUGGCCAAGCCUCGCGAUGUGCGAAAGGAGAGCUCUUCGGCAACAGCGUCCCGGCCAAUACUGUUGAUGGCGGACAAGCUGAGUACGUCCGAUGUCCUCUUGCGGAGACCACCUUUGUCAAGGCACCAAGUGGGAUCCCCGAGGAAAUGCUGGUCCUUAUGGCGGAUAUCUUCCCGACCGGAUACUUCGCCGCAGCUCGCUUUCUCAAAGGCCUGUCAGAUCGUGACAGGAAGGAGUUCACCGUAGCCAUCAUAGGAGCUGGUCCUGUUGGAGUCUGCGCUGCGACCUGUGCCUUGACGAUGGUGGAUAAUGUGUAUGUGAUCGAUAGCAUAAAAGAGCGGCUGGAUGAGGCAGAGAAGCUUGGCGCUAAAGUGAUUCAUAACAACGACAACCCCAUCCAGAAGAUUAAGGAUGCUAGUGGAGGGAGAGGCGCAGAUGUGGUUGUCGAAUGCGUUGGCCAUGCGGACGCUUUCCAAUUGGCCUUCGAUAUGAUCAGGCCUUGGGGCCAAAUUAGCAGUAUUGGGGUGCACACCGAACAACUCCCCAUGAACGGCCUCCUCUGCUACGGCAAGAACGUCACCAUGGCAUUCGGCCGCUGUCCCGUACGUUCAAUCUUCGAGGAUGCACUAAAGUUGUUAGUGCAGGAGCAAAAGAAAGUGGCUUUCCUCUGUGGUAAGACAAUGAGUCUAGAGGAUGCGCCUAAGGCUUAUGAGGACUUUGAGGCGAGGAAGUGCCAUAAGAUCGUCUUCAAGAUGGGUGAGGCGGCGAAGAAGGCGGGUGGGGAGAUCAAGGCAGCAGCAUGA